CCGGAGCUCCCUGGCCACACGGGGAGUCGGUAUUCAUAGCACGGUGCUAAAUGUGAAGAACUAACAACGGCGUGGAGAAUGGUGUGAGCGAGUUGUUCUUUAUUAGUAUUGUCAUUGAUAAUUAAUGAAACAGGCGACCUGUCUUUAAUUUCACGCAAAGGGAAAUCGUAUAGCCGAAGCUGAUUCUGCUGUGUUGUUAAAGCCGGAGAAUGGAAAGCGGGUGCUGUCACGGAUGGUGCGGGACCGGGCUGCAGCUGGCUGGCAUCGUGGAUGGGGCUCUCUGAUGAUAUGAUGCAUUGCAAUAGCAGGAGGCGGGAGCCAGGCUUCCUGUAGUGACGUCGCCUGACUUCUCGGAGAGCCGCCCACAGGUAGGACCAAGCCCUCGGCAGGACGUGGGCCACGUCGUGGUGAAGUCACCGCCACAAUUAGGUACCCCCUUGUGGAUGGGAAGUGUGCCCUGAUCUCCCUCUCAUCGUCUCCCCUCCUCCCAGCACCAUGACCUCCAACCUGCAGAGCCUACACUUCAAGCUGCUCCCAGCAGAUGGCAGCCCGGAGCGCAUGUACAGCUGUGAUCAGGAGAUUGAGCGUCGCUAUGAGGUUGUCCCCUCAGUGGUUUGUGCCAUGUGCUGUCUCUUUGGGGUCAUCUACUGCUUCUUUGGCUACCGCUGCUUCAAGGCGGUGAUGUUCCUGACGGGCCUGAUGUUCGGCUCCAUCAUCAUCUUCAUGCUGUGCUACAAGGAGCGGGUGCUGGACACGCAGCUGAGCGUGGAGGCCAGUGCUGGCAUCGGCCUGGCCAUCGGGGUGCUGUGCGGCCUGGUCACCAUGCUGGUGCGCAGCGUGGGGCUCUUCAUGGUCGGGCUGCUGCUGGGGCUGCUGGUAGCGCUGGCCACGCUGGUGGUGAUGGAGCAGUUCUACCACCCUUCCACGGUCUGGAUCCCCCUGGGGCUGCUCCUGGGCACGGGCAUGCUGUUCGCCGUGUUCACCCUGCAGUGGCAACGCUGCUUCACCACCCUCUCCACCGCCGUCUUUGGCAGCGCCAUCAUCACCGUCACGGUGGACUACUUCAUCGAGCUGUCCCUGCUGGUGCAGUAUGUGUACGAGCGCGUCAAGGUGGCCCCCCAGCGGCCUGUGUGCUGGUUCAGCUGGGUCAUCCUGGGGGUGUGGCCCGUGCUCUCCCUGCUCGGGGUCCUGGUGCAGUGGAAGGUGACGGCCGAGGGAUACUCGCACACAGAGGUGAUAAUCAGCAGACAGCAGCGGCGGGUGCAGCUCAUGCGAAUUCGACAGAAGGAAGAGCGCCAGGACCGGAAGAAAAAGAAGCAGCAUUACCAGCACCAGCACCAGCACCAGCAGAAACCCAUCGCCCAGGAGCCGGCCUACCGCAGGAAACCCAACCCCAUCCGCCGCUUCGACGGGGACGUGCUGUCUCCCCAGAUCCAGUUUCCUGCCACGGUGCGUUUACCUGGUUACCUGGCAACUAAGCCAGGCUCACAUUCACACUAUCCGGGAAAGUUGAGCUACAUCCAGAGUUUCCGGGACAGACAGACGGGGAACCCCCUGAACCUGGGCAGUGUCGCCCACACUAUUGUGGACCUGGACUAUGAGUGCGGCUCCAUGGUGCCUCUGACCGCCGCGGCAGGACCUGCUGUGCGUGUCUAGAGCAAGGCACAAAUGACCUCUGCUCUCCAGCAGCAUGAGGCCAGAUCCAGAGACCUGGCUCCACUAAGGAAUGUGAAAAAUGGGCUGCGUGAUUAGGGUUGGACCCACAAAAAUGAGAGAACCUAUGACUGGCUUCCAGGCCUUCUGAUUCAAGAGCGGUCUGUGGCGGAGCAGCACGGCACUCAUGCCCACUCCAUUUUCACAUCCCCCUCUCCCUCUGUUUUGGAAACCUCUGGUGAAGAUGGGUCUCCAGUGAAGCUAAACUCUGCACACCUGUGUAAGCUGGUUCUGCUGUGGAGGUUGCUCAUUUGUACCAUACAGAAUGUCUUCUCGAACCCAUAACACCUCAUUGACAAUGUGUCUCACAGAUGCACUUUCAAGAGUGGAGAGAUUCUCAAAUCUCACAUCUACAGCUGGAUUCUCCCCACCGUAUGAACACAGCAAUGCUGUUUAUGCUCUGAAACAGCCUCUGCUCUGCUUGUAGUCUUCUCAUCUGGCAGUUGGGAGUCUGGGGUCUCUUUUAAUCUUAAGCCAUCUCUGAGAUAGACAUCCUGACUUACAGAUGCUAGAUGGUCCAGAGACCCUUGAGUCUGAGGGACCUGGUAUCUCUAGGUAUCAUUACAGGGAAUGAUCUAUCCACCGUAUGCCUGCAGCUGCCAUGGUUUAGCAUUCUGGCUGCCCCUUACCUAAAUCUCAUCUACAGUAUCAUUGAGCGUCUUUAUUUAAAUUGCUCUCUCCAUAAUUAGCUUUGCACCAUCUUUGAAUGAAGCUCUUCAAAGUUAUACAGAAGACAAACAAAUAGGAAGAUAAAAUAACAAGGAGGGGUACCGAUGCUAAAUAUUUAGAUUUUCACCAUUUUGGGCACAAAAAAAUAUAUAUAUAUAUGUUUGAGCAUUUACCAUUAUUGUUUAUGGCCAAAAAAGUGCUCAUUGGUCCUUUGUUGAAGGCAUACUUCUGCAGUGAACAUCUCGUUUGUGACAGAACCAUAAAACACUCAGGUUCUGUGGUAUUGCAUUUACAAAACAAUACAGGAAACUGUUUCUUGUUUUUAACUUAGUAUUUAUUUUCAUUUAUAUUUAUAUUAAUUUGUCAAAUAGAUCUGGCUGUAGCAGUUCUCUACCAAGCAGUGAUGGCCAUAAUGGCACCACAAUUCCAGUCCACACUUACAAUCUGCUCCAUUCAUUCCCAUAAAUACACCUAUCAUAGUUCAACCACAGAAUGCUUUUUUAGGGACAGGUUGGAAUGAGAACUUUACUGGAACAAGAUUUUGGUUCCCAGUUUGACCAGCCCUGUACAUUAUUAUUUAAUCAAGCUUUUCUUGGAGGCCAGCUGUAUUCCAAGUUGUCAUCUAAUGGUCUUACUACUUUAUUCAUAAAACUGUUCUUUUAACUUAUAUUGGUUUAUUAAACAACAGUUUUAAGUUGUGAAUAGGGCAGGCCUGCAAUAGAUUUUUUUUGUUUCUUUUCACCCUUUAUAAUUCCGAUAUUAAAUCCAGUUGUUUGUUUUUUUCACUCAAACUCAGAGCUGCUCUUCUUUACAAGCCAUGUGUUCAGCAGCAGCCUUUCAUCACAUGAGUGUUUUAUUUGAAGACAGUUAUUAUAGUUAGUUUCUCAGAAGCCAUCAAUAAAGGGCACAUUGUGAAGGGCAGAACAAGGCAAAUUGUUUUUCAAAAGAACAACCAUUGACUGAUGAAUGCGUACCAACCGAUGCUUACUGAUUAGUUGUCUUUGGUGGACUUUCGUAACUAAAUUAGUCCAAGAUUAGUGCUAAUCUGGGUCUGUGAAACCAGACGUACAUGUUUAUUGGUCACUCCUGUGGGAUAAUAGUGCUGAAUUACUUUCUACACAAUGUUGCGAGAAAAUGUUACAUAAUAUGAAACAUAACAAAUGCGGCAGCAAAUAUCAACAUGAGCAUCCUAGCGUUGGUCCUUAUGGAGGACUCACUGUGCACUGCUACGCUGGGUCCUCUCUUAUGACGAAACUGAUACUCAGCUGAGUGAACGUCAGGGAGAUGAUCCAAAAUCUUCAACUUCCUCAUGAGACAGCUGCUAUACAUCACUACAGAAGCUGCCCACAGAUUCAGAGCUUGAAAACUGAUCCCUUCUCCACAAUGAAAAAUGAUCAAUGAAAACAGCCUGUAUCAAAAAUCUCUUUACUUCAGAUGCUACAAUCAACUGGGCCGGUACUUUCUAGGAAACUUUAUAUUCAAAUGUACUGGCCACAUGAGUUUUCUCAGGAAGUCUCUCCAGUUUUGUUAAGAAGCCUUUGAAUUUUUUGCUCUUUUUUUUUUUUUUUUUUUAAACAAACAAUGCAUUUGAGCUGGGGUCAUGUUGAAGGGUGCAAGUGGGAGUCGCCCCUCCUGGUCAAAUCCUUAACUGGCUAACUGGGAAGACUCCUGCACAAUGUGUGGUGAGCACACCUCUGUGCCCUCGAAGAAGCAGCCCUGCAGCCACACUGGCAUCACCCAGCUGCCAGUUGCGGGGUGUGCUGCAGUACAUGAGAAAGAGGAAGGCCUCCCUUUUUUUUGUGGGGGAUUAUGUUGAGGACAGUUGGCUGGGCUGAAUCCCUGAAAUAUUUCGAGGAGCCCGUUUUUCCAGAUGGGUUUUUGCAUGAUAUUGUGAAUUAGGAGUGUCUUUUGUAAAGUGGUGGAGUUUCAGUCAUUUGAAAAAUGUGUCCUUUUUGUACGGACAGCUACGUUCCACGUAAUGUAAAUGUUAAUUACUGAUAUUAAGGGCGACAUUUCCUGUACAUAAAAUUGUUAAUGACUUAUGUACUUUAAUUUGUUUUCUCUGAGUAGAGGGUUUUUAAUCUUGUUGGCUUUUAGGAAGUUGCACUACUGAGAUAUGGGUGUAUUGAAUGAAAAAGGCUCUUGGGAUUUUGGCUGCUCCAGGUGGUGUUCCACUCCAUUGGGCCCCUGCUGUCUCCGCCUCAGUUUAAAUCAGGUUCAAUGGCAUAGACGGUCUUUAUUAAUGAUCUGAAUAUCAGCUAACACUACCGUAAUCCUGCCUGAAAACAGUGAAAUGAGGUCUGUUUCCAUGAGGCAGUAUGAGUCCUGCCACUCAAACAGAACCCAUCAAGGGAUCUUUUAAAUUGCUAAACUAACCCCUGUUGAUAAAAUUGGAAUUAACUUAUAAACUACUCCACAAGUAUUAUCCCUGUGGAAAUAUAUCAGUUUUAAAUCUACUAAUUUGAAAAAAGAAAAAAAAACUGUUGUGGUCUGCGUAUGCUAAAAUCUGAGAAUUACUCAUCUGGAACAAUGUCUGGUCAAUCUCAUUUUGUUGGAUUUUAGUGAAUGCCAGAGAUCCGGCAAGAAAAAUAUUCACUCAGGAAAAAUAUCCCUCAGCACGACUAUGUGAAAGUGAUUUGAUGCUCGGUAUCUCAGCACGUAGCGUGACUGGAACCCCAAUGCUUGUAUCUCCGAGGAGAUGGUGCCAUUCUGCUGUAUGGAAGUCCUGCACAGAUUCCUUGAGGUUGAAGCUGUUCUGCUAUCGGUGAAUCUCACAGUCAGGUUAUGGCCCAGGUCUGACUGGGCUUGUAGGGAAGGAGGGUCUCAAUGGAGUAUCCUAGAGGCUUUCAGAUCAUCUCAAUGUAAUCAUUCAUCAUUUUUUGUAGUAUCUUAAAGCAUGCUUUUGUAGGGAAUGUGGUUAUGGUGAACAGUCAUCAUUCUUUAGUUUUUUUUGGGGGGGGAGGGGGGGUGGUGGGGGGUGUCUUGUGUUUAUAAAAAACACUGGCGGGACGAGGGGUUACUCAGGACAGCCUGACUGAGAUUUCAGUGUCCACAGUUUUCCAGUGCCCUGUAACAAGUGGAACAAAUAUUACUUAUGUGAUACGCUGCAAUGUAUUUUGAACCGAUACAGGAAACAGUUUCUUGUUUUUAACCUAGUAUUUAUUUAAAUUUAUAUUUAUAUUAAUUUGUCAAAUAAAUCUUUUAUUAUAAAUACAUGUAAAUGUCAUGUGAUACUAAUGUUAUGCUGUCUGAGAUUCUAAGGAGGUAUAAGUACUGUAUAGUGAGCUCAAUGUAUCAUUUCUUAGUUUAAAAUGUAUGUAUUCAUUUAUUUAUUCAAAAUGUGGCACUGGUGAAGGUCUUAAAAUGAUUGCUCAUUUGUAUAGUCAGUGUGGCAUUCAGAAACACCCAUCUCUGUUAACGUAGAUACUUAUUUAUUUAAAAUCCUUCCUUAAAUCUUGCAGUUCCAUUAGAUACUUAAGUCUCAAGUCUGCAGUUUUGAAAGAAAUACAUGUUAUACCAAAAAUGUAUUUAAUUUUAAAACAUGAUAUCUGGUACUACAUGGGUCAUUUCACCUCGGGAGUGUCCACUGGGUCAAAGCAUGUUACUGACUCAAAGAAUGUCAGUCAAUUGGAGAAGCAGCUGGUUGGUUAAUGACAGGAAAGAAGCCAUUGAAGGGGUGGGGUGGGAACCAGGGAUUCGAAACGGAACCAGAACGAUAAACAAACAAACAAAAAAGAACGAAAACGAUAUUCAAGAUUUUGUUUAUCAGUUAAUAAUGUUUUUUUUUUUGUUUUUGUUCCCUUUCAGCCUGUUCUCUCUGUCUCCAUUUCUUUCAAACAUACAAUAAUUUGAAAAAAAAGCUCUUCCCAUGGUCUUACACCUCGGUGGUCAACGACAAAGCAUUUGUAUAACAGCCAGCUAAUGAAAUUCAACAUUAUAUUUAGCUUGCUUUUUCAGAGCAGCCCGCCAAGUCAUGUACACAGAAAACCAGCUGUAAAAGUAUGUGUGGCAAGUGAAGUGCUUUGUUAAUAAUUUGAGGUUUGCUAGUUAUAUUACUGGAUAUUAAGAGUUAAGACAUUUUACCGUCGACUUGUUUAUUAUAUAACGUUAAUUUCUUUCGUUGUAUUCUCAAUCAUUUAACGGUUCAUGAUUAAUUGUUCAGUGUUUCAUUUUCAUUGUUAUAUCCAAAAGAAGUAUGUAGAAAAGUUGCACGUGUGUACAUGUUACAUGUGUUGUAUGUCUUGCUGUGAAAUGUGCAUACCGAUGACAACAAUGUUCCCCUUAGUGCUUAAUAAUAAAGAGUGUUGAUAUGUAA